ACUACCGUGUAGUCAGUGGAGCAUUGUGGGAUUGCACACGGCAAAGAGACGAGACGGUUUAGUGCGAUUAGAAAGCUAUUUAUUUGGUUUCUUAAACAUUCCGGAACAGGGACAUUAAGCUUGAACAGCAAACUAUGAACGCAUCGGUGGUCAAAAAGACGCAGGAAACUCUGGGGAAAGUCAUAAAGAAACCUCCUCUGACUGAAAAACUGCUCAGCAAGCCGCCUUUCCGGUACCUGCACGAUAUAGUGAGCGAGGUGAUUCGCACCACAGGCUUCAUGAAGGGCCUUUAUGCGGAAUCAGAGAUGAAGUCGGACAACGUCAAGGACAAAGACUCAAAGAUAGCGUUCCUCCAGAAGGCCAUAGACGUCGUGAUGCUGGUGAGCGGGGAUCCCGUGGCUGCUAAGCCUGCACGGAUCGUGGCCGGCCACGAACCCGAGAAGACCAACGAGCUGCUCCAGACCCUCGCCAAGUGCUGUCUCAACAAGCUGUCCAGUGAUGAAGCUGUAAGGCAUGUCCUAGCUGGAGACAAAGUGGACCUAAAGGGGAAAGCCAGCACUUCCAGGUCCCAGGGCAAGGAGAACAGAGACGAGAAGAUUAAAGCGAGCAGUGUGAACACUGAGCAGAAAGACCCAGACCAGCCGAAGGACCAGGAGAGCAAGAGGAGGAGCGAGAAAGAGCAACGGAGAGAUGGCGAAAGGACCGAGAAAGCCCGGGAGAGAGACAGGACGAAGGACCGAGAUCGGGAUAAAGACAAAAGCCGUGAUAGGGAUAAAGAAAAAGUCAGAGAUCGGGAGAGAGAUAAAGAGAAAGACCACGAUGGAGACAAAGGGAAGGGCCGAGAUAGAGACGGAGACCAAGAGAAAGAAAAGACCCGAGACAGAGACCGUGAUAGGACCAAGGAAAGGGAACGAGAGAAAAACAGGGAGCGAGAGUCACACAAAGACAAAGAACGAGUGCGGGACAAAGACAGAGACCGUGAGCGGGCCAAGCGAACAGACCGAGAGAGAGAGCGAGGGCUUCAGAAGGAGACUGAAGAAAGGAAAAAGACCCGAGCCGCAGAGGAAGUGAACAAGCGAAAACGUCGUCCAGAGGAGCUGAACAGAAAUCACAAAGCUGAGUCGGAGGAGACUGAGAGAGACGACCUAGACGAGCCGUCAGAGACUUCUCCACACCAGCCGGACAGUCCUGCCAGAAUACCCAGGCCCUCUUCUGCCAAGGGACAGAGACACCGGCCUAAAUCAGGAGCACCAGAUGAACCGGACAGUGAUGGAGGAGACGACGCUACAGCGGAUGAACCAGUUCGUAUUGAAAAUGGAGAUGCGUCAGAUGCUUUGGCACAACAUGCAUCCCAGAGCAGCAGCAGCAGCAGGAGGAUAGCACGGCCCAGUAGUGCGAGACCAGCCCCGCCUCGAGUAAAGAGGCAGGAGAGCGGAGACGCAGGCACAGUGGAGAGACUGGGCAGUGCCAAGCCUCCCUCUGCAGUCAUCGUGGACGGUAAAAAGCUCUCUGAGGACGAGGAUGAUGAAGAUGGGCAGUUUAUAGUGGAGGAGGCAGGUCCACUUCCCCCUGACAUGCCUGAGCUGGAGAUGGGGCCAUCAAUUGAAUUACAAGGUGAUGAGAAACAUGGUGGGCUUGUGAAGAAAAUCCUGGAAACUAAGAAGGAUUACGAAUCAUCACCCUCGGCUUUAAAGUCAAAAGGCCAGGAUCGGACGCCGGUGUUACAGGCGGCUCGUAAAAAGGAGCGAGAGUUAGUGGUCAGAGAGAUCGAGCGCCUGCGAACGUGCAUCCAGAGCGUGUGUUGCAGCGCUCUGCCUUUAGCCAAGAUCAUGGACUACAUCCAGGAGGACAUGGAUUCCAUGCAGAACGAGCUGCAGAGCUGGAGAUCUGAGAACAGAGAACACGCGGAGGCCCUGCUGCAGGAACAGAGGAUCACCGACAGCGCUGUGAAGCCCCUGAAGGCUGAACUGGCUGAACUGGAGCAGCUCAUCACGGAACAGCAGGACAAGAUCUGUGCCAUCAAGUCCAACAUCCUCCAGAACGAGGACAAGAUUCACAAGAUCGUGUCCAGCAUCAACGUCUCGCAAACGUGAACCAAGCAAUAAAAUAAGAGUCUUCUGCACACCGUACACACAGCAGAGCUGUGUUACGCACUCUCUCAUGGUGGAGGUGUGUGUGUGUGUGUCUGGUAAAUCCUUCCAGGGUGUGUAUGUUUGUGUGUGUGUGUGUCACUUUGUAAGAGUGUUUGAUGAAAACUGAAGGAAGGAUGUAGAAAUCAAGUCGCCCUGUUCAUGUCUCCAUGAAGCUUAAAGGUGCCUUUUGUCAAUACCUGCAUCUGUUCUGGGAAAAAAACAAACAAACAAACACUCCUGCACUGUGUUAAUCCCUUCACGUAGAAUUGCACACAUGGUUUGAUUGAGAAAUAGAUGUUUGAUCACAGUGAUCUUGAUGUGGUAUAUAUUUUAUCCUUGGGAUGUCCAAAUUUAAUGAUGAUUAAUUUACAUGAACUGCUUGUGUUUUGCAGGUAUGUAAGUGUCCUAUCCAGACUCAUGCUUAUUUAUAGUACUGAGAGAGAGAGAGAGAGACCUUCCUGGCAAUAUCUGAGACUUUAUUAUUGCUUUUCAGGUGUACUGUAUCCCUCUGUCUCUCCAAAGCUUGUCUUAAGCAAUAUCAGCCUGUUUUCUGGACAGAUCUUACCCCCUUGUUUUAGUCCAAACCACACCAUUUAAUUAAUUUUUUUUUUUAUUAUUAUUAUUCCCUUAUUCCACUCUGUCUAGAAAGCCAGCACAUAAUGUUAGCUAUUAAAAGUUAUGCAUGCCAAAAGCACUAGUCGAGCACCACUGCACUUUGAUCAGGAAGACUGUGACAGAAUACGUCUGUGAGAGCGGAAACCUGUUCAGCUAUAGUACAAAGACGUUUUCAAAUAAUCCCUCGUUCUGUUUUAAAGGUUAAGAUGCCUGUAUUUUUUUUUUUUACCCCUCCCUUAUAUAUUCUGGCUGUAAGUAGAUUAGAAAAGGAUCUAUCGGGCUCGUGGCACGGUUUACGAGCUGUUCAGUCAUGCGCAAACAUUUUUGAAAAUGAAUCUUUUUAUAAGGAUGUCAUAAUAAUAAUAAAUAAUAAUAAUAAUUUCUAAAUUACUUUCAUAAUAAUCAUCUAAAUGAAUUGCAUAAUAAUAAAUUAUCAUAUCAGUAUUAUUGGCUAUAUCAAAUCUGAAUUAUCAUGAAAAUAUGAGGAAAAAUACAACUGCUUAACGUUUAAAGAUUGAUUAUGAAACAUUUCCUAUAAACCGUCAACUAUUUUUUACCACACCCAUAUUGUGUUUGCUGUAUAAUAUGUACAUUCUGUUUGUAUCAUAGUUCACAAAUGACUAUAAAUUUUGUAGUGGAGUGAAAUAAAUGGCUUCGUUUAAGUAAAA